AUGGCGCCCAAGUUUAAAGACGGGGACGCCGUUGCGACGGUCAAUGGAAAAUGGGUCGCUUGGGCCCAUACCGCCGUCGCGUACACUGCCUUUUUCAGCGCCCUCGUUGUCGGAAUGAGCCUGCAUUUCAACAAGAUUGUGCAGAACGAACAUUACGGCUAUCCGGAUGAGUGGUUCCCUUCUGUCUCAGCAACAAUCGGCGACCGGUAUCCCGAGCGCUCGUUCUUCCAAGUCUUCAUUGCCAUCACGUCAGGACCUCGAUUCGCCCUCGUCUUCCUUUGGUAUCUUGUGACUGCCCGCCCCAACUCGACUCUUCCCAAGUUUGUUGCUGGUGUCGGAAUUUUCCGGACGUUCACCUGCGGUGGCUGGACAUAUGUCACGUCAACCGAUGACCACGAUUGGCACGAUAUUUUCAUGAUUUCUUACUUGGUUGCAACCUUGCCGUGGACAAUUGGUUGCUUGGCCUUGAGCCCCAACAACCGGCGCGCUGUCAAGUACCGCAAGGUCCUUGCCAGCCUUUUCUUCGGCACACUCGUUCCGUUGAUCUACUACUUUAUUCAGCACAAAGUGCACAAAAUUCCUGGCGCUUACACGAAGUACGCCUUUUUCGAAUGGUCUCUCAUUCUGUUUGAUGUCGGAUUUGAUGCCGUUACGGCGCUCGACUUCGAAGCAUUCGAGAUUGUGGUGAAGGAUAUCAAAGGAGUUAGUCGAGGGAAGGGAAAGCCUGUCGGAAACACCUUUGGCCAGGGAUUCUUCUGGAGUGAGAUUUUUGAUGCCGCUGCUGAUGUGUACAAUGGGUUUGUCUACUGGACCAGCUGGACUUCCCUUCCCGUACUUGUCUGGUACUUCCCGCUCUGGCACAUGGGUAUCUCUGGAUAUGAAGUCGUCAUCCUCAGUUACGUUGCACCUGUGCUUCUCGCCAUCCCCGUCCUUAAAUCUCUGGCCGUCAAAAAUCCUCGUAUCUUCCACUUCCUGUCACUGUCUGGGUUCCUUGCCUAUAAGGUGCAGGAUCCCGCCAACAGACUGUUUAUCAGCACGUUCGCUGUCUCCUGCAGCUCUAUCACUUUUGCUGCCACUCUGUACGGCGACAGGGCGCAGCACACGAGACUGGAGUCGCGUGUCUUCGCAUGGGGCCUCGGCUUGAUUCUAUCCAGUAUUGCUAAGUUCGCGGGCAAGACCAACAACCCUUUCUGGCCCAUUAUGCAUGCCGAAAAUGGUGGUUGGAAUAAGUUAGGAUUGCUUCUUGCUAUCUUGGCUGGCGUUCGCUCAUUCAGGGCCCCUGCCAGUAGUGGCGGGGACUACUUCCCGUCGACCGGCAAGAAGGGAUCCUCUUUGCUUGCCGGACUGGGAGCGGGUAGCAUGAUCUUCUUGAUGCACUACCUCUUGUCGGACUCCAGUACUAUGAUCGCCUGGGUUUGGGAGGGCUACCCAGUCCGUGGCCCCCUCGCUGUGCCCCAUGGCGCUCUUACUAUCUUUUCGAUGGGCGCUGGUCUUGUGUUUGGCCUGUUCUACCCUAAGGUUGCCGGAAGCUGGACCGCGUUUGGCGUUGGCUCCCUUGGUGCGGCCUUCCUUACAUGCACCAGCAACUGGAGCGGAUUCUACGGUGCUCUGACGAUUGCCUUCUACCUGAUGGCCGUUUCGCCUGUUCUGAUCUCGUCCGCGGUCCGCCAUUCCCCAGCGCCGACCUUCGGCCUCGCUUUCUUCGUUUAUGUCUUCCUCCUUCUCUUCCACGUUUGGGUCGUUGCCUACGCGUUUGUUCCUGGCGGGCCGCUCGUCAGGGAGCACACCGACUGGCUCAUGACCAUUGCGAUGCUAUUCAUUGGUGCUGGUGUCUUCUCUGCGGCCGUGUCCAGAUCCAGCGGCCCCAGGACCAACGCCAUCAGCCCGAACGGCAGGAGAGCGCGGUCCUACUAUGUCUAUGUGCUUGUCGCAUUGCAACUGCUGUCAGUUUCAAUCGCAUACCUGCGCUUCCCAACCAACGAUUACACACCGUACCACAAAGAGGAAAAGGCUGUCACUGCCGGUAUUUGGACCGUGCACUUUGGUCUUGACAAUGACAUGUGGGCCUCCGAGCGACGCAUGCGUGAUGUUAUUGAGGAACUCGAGAUUGAUGUUCUCGGUCUCCUCGAGUCUGACAACCAGCGUAUCAUCAUGGGUAACCGCGAUAUCACUCAGUUCAUUGCCGAAGACCUAGGCAUGUAUGCAGACUUUGGCCCGGGUCCUAACAAACACACCUGGGGUUCGGCGCUGCUCUCCAAGUUCCCAAUUGUUAACUCGACUCACCACCUCCUUCCUUCGCCCGUUGGUGAACUCGCCCCUGCCAUCCACGCCACUUUGGAUAUGUAUGGCGAGAUGGUUGAUGUUGUUGUUUUCCAUUCGGGACAAGAGGAAGACCCAGAGGACCGUCGCCUGCAAACCGAGUAUCUGUCGAAUUUGAUGGGCUCUUCUCCGCGUCCGCUGAUCUUGCUAAGCUACCUCGUUACCAAGCCGCUCGAAGGCAACUACAACACCUACGUCAGCGAGCUGAGCGGCAUGAAAGAUAUAGACCAGACUGACUGGGACCGCUGGUGCGAGUACAUCCUCUACAAGAAGAUCAAGAGAACCGGCUACGCCCGUGUCAGCCGCGACUCCAUCACCGACACUGAGAUUCAGGUCGGUAAAUUUGUGAUUGGUGAACCAGAGCCCGAGAAUGAGAUGAUGAUUCCGGAGGAAAUGGUUCCUCAGGGCCUCCGAUUCCCUGCGCUGUUCCGCGGUCAGGGAGUGCGCGGUCACCGCUACCACGUCUUCAACGAGCCGAGAUACUGGCAGUAA